AUGACUGAAGAGCAACUCCAAAUCUUUUGGUCUCAGUUCAAGCUGCUGGAAAAGGACGGGCCCAUAUAUGACAAACCUCCCUGCAACUGGCAACCGCCCAGGGUUGUUGACAUGAACUCAGAGCAGCUGGAGGCAUACUGGAAUGCAUUCAGGAAGAUCAUGAGUGAUGCAGCUGAUAAGCUUCCGGACGCUGAAGAUCUGCAAUCUUCAGCCGAUGAAGAUGAGACCGGCCCAGCAGUUCAUCAAGUUGUUCCUGCUGAUUCUGGUGAUGAACCUGCUGCAGAUGUGGUUGUUUUGGAAUCUGGUGAGGGACAUCAUGGAAAUCCACGGAUACGUCGGUGCAGAGAAAAGACUUCUAUGGCGGAUGCAAUAUUGACUCAGAGUGUAGUGUUGUCUGAGACAGCGGAUCCGAGUGUGAAGCAUCCUGAGAAGCACAUGCUGAACAAACAGAGGCGAGCAGGCCAGUACCAAGGGUGCUUUGCGAAGUGGCAGAAGAGACGUGUAUCCCACAAGUGGGACUUGUUCUGCGAGAUUGCUCCAAAACAGGCCAAGAUAUGCACAGAAAUUCCUAACAGUGUGAAGGUGCUACUCGGUGUGUCAGAGCUAAAGCAUGCCAACUCCAAGUUCAAGAACGAAGAUGGUGCACGUCAAGUUCCGGUACACUUGGCAUUGGCUGUAGAAAGCAUCUUAAUGGAAAGGAUUCACAUGGGGGAGGAGGUGACAAUGGAUUUCGCGGCAGAGGUGUUGCUUGCAAUGGUCAACACUUGGAACUCCAAGAUAUCAGAAUUGUCGGAUGAGAUUCGCGAGCGUUGUGGGCAGCAAUUUUUGCAGCAGCAGGAUUCCAUGAUUGACACAGAAGCAGCAGGGCCAGAUGCAGACCGGUUGGAUGAACAGGCCACGAAACAGCUGGAUCAUUUGCUGGAGUUUCUGAGGUCAGACUCACUUGCGCAGAAAUUGAAUCAGGAACUUCGAGGAGACCCACGGGCGGAGCAGCGUGCAAUGGUGGAGGUUGAGGUAGAGCAUGACAAUAUCCUCGGAGAGGACCUCAAUCCCAAUGAUGGAGAAUGUCAAGGAGACAUGAUCCAGGAGUGUGUGAUGGACCACCAGGAUAUGGAUGGCUUUGCAGAGGCUGAUGAUGAGCAGCUUUGCAAGGACAUGGCAGAUUGGAUGCUUGUUCAUGAGUCGGAGAGUGAAGAUGAGGACCUUGCUGUGAAUGCUCCCGCGCACUCUAGUGUAAGAAUGCCAGCUGUGGAGAUGCGCCCUGAGUACAUCCGGCUGAAAAAUGCUGGACUGCAUUUGAGACCAGCUGGAUGCACACUUGGGGUACACCCAAGCGCUUGUGUUUGGCGAUCUAGCACUCCUACUUCAGUUCACUUCAGCCGAUCGUUCACAGAGACAAGUGGGCGAACAAGUUGGCAGGCCCUGCUCAUUGUCAUGGAGCUUCUUCUCAGCUCCCACGUGGAGGCCAAUCCAAAUGACCGGAUGUCAAAGCAGCAACUCUCGCGUGUGCGUCGAGCACGUGGUGCUGAGCCUGCACAUAAAGACUAA